ACACUUCACACUGCUCUCUAAUCUGUGCUGUCAAUUGUGUAUGUGUAUGUAUUAGUGAGUUGAGUGUUAACUUGAGUUUUGUGGAAAAACUUUUACAUAGCUUUGUUAUUCAAAUUUAAUUCUUUUAUUGUCCUUAAAUAGCUAGGUAUUUUUUAAAUCAAAUAAUACCUUUAAUUUAGUUAUAUAACAACUUUAUUGAAAUUUCACUUCAUUAUAAACGAUAUAACUACCGAAACCCCACCUACGAACUCAGAUAAUUAAAAUCUCCUAGUUUGGAUUUUAAAUGGAUUGCUUGUGGAUAUGCCUGAUGACGAUAUAAAUCGACGAGAUCCAAGCGCAGCUGUGCAGCGUGGCGGCGGCGGGUGGGCGCGGUGAUGGUGGCAUGGCGUCGCGGCGCGUGACGCGCAAGUGGGAGGUGUUCGCCGGCCGGAACCGGUUCUGGUGCGACGGCCGGCUCAUGACGGCGCCGCAGCCGGGCGUGUUCGCGCUCACGCUGGCGCUCAUCUGCGGCACGUGCGCGCUGCACUUCGCCUUCGACUGCCCGUACCUGGCCGCGCGCGUCUCCGCCGCCGUGCCGGCCGUGGGCGCGGCGCUGUUCGCCUUCACGCUGUCGGCGCUGCUGCGCACCGCGCUCUCCGACCCGGGCAUCAUCCCCCGCGCCGCCCCCGCGGAGGCGGCGCUGGAGGUGGCCGGGGGUGCGGGGGGCGCGGGGGGCGCCGGGGACGCCGGCCGGCCGCCGCCGCGCGCGCGGGAGGUGCUCGUGCGCGGGCUGCCCGUCAAGCUCAAGUACUGCUUCACGUGCAAGAUGUUCCGGCCGCCGCGCGCGUCGCACUGCUCGCUGUGCGACAACUGCGUGGACCGGUUCGACCACCACUGCCCGUGGGUGGGCAACUGCGUGGGGCGGCGCAACUACCGCUACUUCUACACGUUCGUGGUGUCGCUGUCGUUCCUGGCCGUGUUCGUGUUCGCGUGCGCGGUGUCGCACCUGGCGCUGGAGGCGCGGGGCGCGGGGCUGGCCGCCGCGCUGCGCCGCGCCCCCGCCUCCGCGCUGGUGGCGGCCGUGUGCUUCCUGUCGGUGUGGUCGGUGCUGGGGCUGGCCGGCUUCCACACCUACCUCGCGUCCACCGACCAGACCACCAACGAGGACAUCAAGGGCUCGUUCUCGUCGCGGCGCGGCGUCUCCAACCCGAACCCGUACUCGCGCGGCAACGCCUGCGCCAACUGCUGGCACGUGCUGUGCGGACCGCUCGCGCCCAGCCUCAUCGACCGGCGCGGCGUGCUGGCGGCCGACGACGAGCAGUCUCCGCCCGGCCUGCGCCUGGAGCCGGGCCGCCCGCACGUGGCGGCGCACGUGGCGGCGCACGUGGCGGCGCACGUGGCGGCGCACGUGGCCCCGCCCGCGCACGUGGCCGCGCCGCCGCCCGCGCCCGCCGGCAGCUACACCAACCUGUUCGAGAGCGGCGAGCCGGCGGCGGCGCGCCACGCCUACAUGAACCGCAGCCUCGACCUCGACCCCGUGCCGCUGCAAGAGGUGCGCGUGGUGGGCGCGGGCGGGCUGAGCGCGUCGCGGCUGCGGCUGCUGCACGACACCACCAUGAUCGACGCCGCGCUCGACCUGGACGACGUGCCCCCGCCGCCCCCGCCGCCCCCGCACGGCCCGCCGCCCCCGCAGCCCCCGCCGCCCCCGCACGCCCCGCAGCCCCCGCCGCCCCUGCAGCCCCUGCAGCAGCCGCUGGCGGUGGUCGCGCUCUGACGCCGGGCCCGCUCCUCGCUCUCCUUGUACAUAGACUCGAGUUCGAUCCCAAUA